AUGGUGUCCAUCUUGUCCGUGCCCGGUUGCGGCAAAGCGACCUGUCGUGAAUGUUCUGGCGGAGUCCCCCAGAUCUGCACCGGUGGACAAAACUACGGAAUCGGCCACGACGGCUCCUUUGCCCCGUACGUCGCCAUCCACGAGCGCGCCGCCAUCAAGCUCCCCUCGGGCGUCGGUGCGGCUGCCGGGGCCGUGGCCACCGAUGCGUGCAUGACGGCCUACCAGGCCAUCGCGCGGAGGGCCAAGGUCAAGAAAGGAGACACGGUCUUGCUGUUCGGGCUCGGCGGGCUGGGCUUCAACGCACUGCAGAUGAUGGUGGACAUUGGCGCGAGGGUCAUCGUCGUGGACAAGAGACAGGAGGUGUUGGACGCAGCGGUGACAUUCGGGGUGAAGAACGAAGACGUCGUGCCUGUGGAAACCCCUAGCGUCAGCGAGUGGGUGACUAACAAGGCGCUGGUGGUGGACUCUGCCAUCGACUUCGUCGGAGUCCCCGAGACCUUCAAGGCGGCCAUCGAGAGCGUCCGCAAGGCAGGGACCGUCGUCCUGGUCGGCCUGCUCCACGGCGAGCUGACUCUGCCCUCGUUCGUCGCGGUGCGCAAACAACUCGAUAUCCUGUGCAGCUACGGCGGGACCACGGACGACCUCGUCGCGUGUCUGGGCCUGAUUGCCAACGGCGUCAUCAACCCCCAGGUCGAAACGGGGAGCAUGGCAGACUUCCCCCGGAUCCUGGCCGAUCUGCACGCCGGGAAAAUCAAGAGCAGAAUCGCCCUCGUCCCCGAAGAUUUGCAAUGA